UAGUUAGAUAUUCGAUUGACAUCUAAAAUAGCAGCCUAAUUUUUAGUUAGCCAAACUUUUAGCUUUAUCUCAAAAUAAAUACUAUUUAAUAUGACCAAACUUUAAUAUAAUCCUAGUUUUAACAUCACCCACUUUUAGGUUGACUCGUUUGGGGGAAGAACCAAACAACCCUAGAGACGCUUGCCCCUUGCUCGCCUCGUCCCCGAAAUUAUUUGCCCCACCAUUUUGAAUUCCACCCUAAUCAUUAAUUAGGCCCCCAAGCUCUGCCUGCCUGCUCAGAGACAGUUAAGACACCAACUAAUCAGCCGGUUAAUUAAAUUGAAUUUUCAAGUCGAAUUAACGCAGACACCGGCCCUCCUAAUCCUCCUCGCCUGCGCUCGCAUCCUCUCCUCUCUCCGCCAUUCCCAAAGGCCAAAAAAAAAAACAAAAAAUUCUCGUUUUCCUUUUGUUUUACUCUUCGCUCCCCGCAUUCCCCUUUCCGCCCAUGCGAUGCUGAUCCACUUCCUUGUAUCCGCCGUCGCCUGCGUCUGAAUCUGAUCCCGGUGUAGGCGGGGAUGGGGGGAGGGGGAGGAGGAGGAGGAGGAGAGGGGUCUGUGGAGGAGGCCACGGGGUUCGAGGUGGGCAUCGUUGUGCCCAAGCUCUCCCGCUCCGCCGCGGCGGGCGCCGGCGCCGAGGACUGCGUGGCGCGGCUGGUGCGGGAGCUGGAGGGAGCCGGGCUGCUCGUCGACCGCGUCCGCGGCGUCCCCGCCGAGUUCAUCAAGCUGGCUGCGCCAAUGGGGACCCUGGGGAGAGCUGCUGCUGAGAUGCAGAUGAAGAAGCUAACUUACAUCGGAAUGGAGCUGCAGUUUGAAUGGGACCAGGUCGCAGCAUUCGUCAGGCAGCCAGAUGGGUCCCUGUUCAGCUGGCGAGAGCGGUAUUGCUGCUUCCGCUACUUGAUAUAUGGCAUCGUGAACAAGACAAAUUCUCAAGUAACUCUAAAAUUUGAUGAAAAAGAGUUUCAUUGGAUUCAAAAUGAGUCAUUAUUGACCAGGCUGGAAGAUGAAGGAGUUGUAAAGCUUGUAUUCCCUUUGCACGAUGAAAUUAAAAGGAAGCAACUCCUGAGAAAUUGGGCGCUGAACUGGCUUGACUUCACAUGGCAACCUAUCGAUGAGAUUUACUCUUACUUUGGGACAAAGAUUGCAACAUACUUUGCUUUCCUAGGAAUGUAUACACGUUGGCUGUUCUUCCCAGCCGUUUUUGGACUGGCGACUCAACUUAUAGAUUUUGGACCAUUGCAGUGGUUGGUUCUUCCUGCUUUCUUUAUCUUUGUUAUUUCUUGGGCUGUCUUCUUUUUGCAAUUUUGGAAACGGAAGAAUUCAGCGCUUCUUUCUAGAUGGGGUAUUAAUUAUUCAUUCUCUGAAUGCAAAAAUUUGGGCAAUGAACUUGACACCUUGAGCGGUUCUCUGAAUGUUGAGGAAAAAAAGAUUGGUGAGGUGUCUGCUGAGAAAAGAAAGUUACAAAGGAAUGAGUGGUUUGGCGUCCUCCUUAGAAUUAGGAACAACACUAUCAUUGUGUUGGCUAUCAUUUGUCUUCAGCUGCCAUUUGAGUUGGCCUAUGCUCAUCUAUAUGAGAUUACAGAGACUGAGGUGGUGAAGUAUUUAUUGACCGCGGUAUAUCUUGUUGCAAUUCAAUAUUACACCAGAAUUGGUGGCAAGGUGUCUGUCGCUUUAAUAAAGUAUGAAAACAACCAAGGAGAAGAGUCUAGUUCUGCUAGUUUAGUUUAUAAGGUCUUUGGCCUUUACUUUAUGCAGUCAUAUAUUGGGUUAUUUUACCAUGCUUCUCUGUAUCGUGAUAUACUGGCCCUCCGGCAAGUCCUUAUCCAGCGUCUCAUUGUGUCUCAGGUAUUGGAAAAUGUGAUCGAGAAUUCCAUACCUUACCUCAAGUACAGCUAUAAAAAGUACAUAGCUGUUCACAAGAAAAAACAUGAGAAAGAAUCGCCAGCAGGAAAGUCAGUCCGGUUAUCAACAAGAGUGGAGAAAGAAUAUUUAAAACCCUCUUAUACUGCAAGCAUUGGAGAAGAACUUGAAGAUGGUUUAUUUGAUGACUUUCUUGAGCUAACUCUACAGUUUGGGAUGAUCAUGAUGUUUGCCUGUGCAUUUCCGUUGAUUUUUUGUUUUGCAGCUCUGAACAAUGUUACUGAAAUAAGAGCAGAUGCAUUAAAGUUGUUAGUCAUGUUGAAACGACCUAUGCCCCGUGCUGCAGCAACGAUUGGAGCAUGGUUGAACAUAUUCCAGUUCUUGGUUGUGAUGGCAAUAUGCACCAACUGCUUGCUUCUUGUUUGUCUAUACGACGAGGAGGGCAACUGGAGGAUUGAGCCAGGACUUGCAGCAAUCCUCAUAAUGGAGCAUGCUCUCCUCUUAAUCAAGUUUGGUUUCUCACACUUUGUGCCAGAGGAGCCUGCUUGGGUGAAAGCAAAUCGUGUGCGAUAUGUAGCUCAGGCACAAAAUGUCUGCUCCAAACAACUUUUGAGGAGUAUUUCUAAAUUGGACGCAAAAUUGGAUUGAGAAACAUCAGGUACAGUUUAGAAGGCAACGCUUGUUUUGUAGCUUAGGUAGAACGAGAUCUGUAUUGUACAAAGCUCCACAAAUUGUAGGGAUAUAAUUCUUAAUGCUGCUAACUGUAAGUGUAGAUAUCGCUACCUAACGUACAGGCAAAUGCGAAGAGCAUGCUGUCCAUCAGUGUAUGGAUGUGUGUGUGUGUGUUUUUGU